UCGUGUCCUGAGUUGGCCCCUGUUUGUAGUUCUGAUUGUCCCUCUUAAGUUCACGUAGACCUAGAACAUAUUCGACUCCUUGCUCUCCUCUCACCGAUACCAGUGAAGGUCGUUACAGCAUUUGACAAUGUCCCUGCAAAAGCCAAUCAUGCGAGGGCUCCUUGCUAAGCGAUUGAGGUUCCACUUGCCCAUCGCUUUCGCUCUGUCUUUGAUUGCAGCAGCAGCCUUCAAGUAUGGUGUCACAGAGCCAAGGAAACAGGCAUAUGCUGAUUUCUACAAACAGUAUGAUGCCAUGAAGGAGUUCAAUGGCAUGAAGGAAGCUGGUAUUUUUGAAAGUGUUCGACCUUCUGGUGAAUAAACAAAUGUGCUGUCCCACUGUCCAUUCCCAAUUUAAAUUUCUUUGGUCUUCCUAUGGACUAGAACCUUUUAUGUGAUGGUAUGAAUAAAACAAACAUGCUCUACUACUGUGCAGUAGUGCAUUGUGUUUUCUUGUGAA